ACUGGGGAGAGGAUCGGGAAAAAGGGAGACGCCGUCAAGCCGUAGCGUAGUAGGUUGACAAAAAGCGCAAAUAAGCGGUUUAAACGGUCGUUCUCGAACCCAUUUAUCGGAGCCACCCCGGCUGCUGCCGGGGACUGCGGGGGAGAGUUUGUGUUGGUGUAGUCUUUGCCUCAUUUCAAAGCGGCGUGCCGAGAGAGACGCGUCAGUUUGAAUUGAGAGGAUGCACGGACCGCCCUCCGGCGACAGCGCAUGCCCACUGCGCCUCAUCAGGAAGGUUCAGUUCGGCAUCAUCAGCCCAGAUGAACUUAAACGACUGUCCGUUACAGAAGGGGGUAUCAAGUACCCCGAAACGACGGAAGGUGGCCGCCCCAAAUUAGGGGGGCUGAUGGACCCCAGGCAGGGGGUGAUUGAACGGUCCGGCCGCUGCCAGACUUGUGCAGGUAACAUGACAGAGUGCCCGGGUCACUUCGGACACAUCGAGCUUGCCAAGCCGGUGUUUCACGUGGGCUUCAUGACGAAGAUCAUCAAGGUCAUGCGCUGCGUCUGCUUCUUCUGCUCCAAGCUGCUGGUGGAUUCGAAUAACCCCAAGAUCAAGGACAUCCUGAUGAAGUCGAAGGGGCAGUCGCGGAAGAGGCUCACCCAUGUGUACGAGUUGUGCAAGGGCAAGAACAUCUGCGAGGGAGGGGAGGAGAUGGACAACAAAUUCGGAGUGGAGCAGACUGAGACCGAGGAGGACCUCGGCAAAGAGAAGGGUCACGGGGGCUGCGGGCGUUACCAGCCUCGUAUUCGCAGAACAGGGCUGGAGAUGUACGCGGAGUGGAAGCACGUGAACGAGGACUCUCAGGAGAAGAAGAUCCUGCUGAGCCCAGAGCGGGUCUAUGAGAUCUUCAAGCGCAUCUCCGAUGAGGAGGACGUGAUCCUGGGCAUGGACCCCAAGUACUCGCGCCCCGAGUGGAUGAUCGUCACCGUGCUGCCCGUGCCCCCCCUCUCCGUGCGGCCCGCUGUGGUCAUGCAGGGAUCGGCACGCAACCAGGACGACCUGACCCACAAGCUGGCGGACAUCGUGAAGAUCAAUAACCAGCUACGUCGCAACGAGCAGAGCGGCGCCGCGGCCCACGUGAUCGCUGAGGACGUCAAGCUGCUGCAGUUCCACGUGGCCACGAUGGUGGACAACGAGCUACCGGGCCUGCCCAGGGCCAUGCAGAAGUCUGGCCGCCCCCUUAAAUCUCUCAAGCAGAGGUUAAAGGGCAAGGAAGGACGGGUGCGUGGGAACCUGAUGGGCAAGCGAGUGGAUUUCUCCGCUCGAACCGUCAUCACGCCAGACCCCAACUUGUCCAUCGACCAGGUCGGUGUGCCGCGCUCCAUCGCAGCCAACAUGACCUUCCCUGAGAUCGUCACGCCUUUCAACAUCGACCGGCUCCAGGAGUUGGUGCGGAGGGGUAACAGUCAGUACCCCGGAGCCAAAUACAUCAUCCGGGACAACGGAGACCGGAUAGACCUGCGCUUCCACCCCAAGCCCAGCGACCUGCAUCUGCAGAUCGGAUACAGGGUGGAGAGGCACAUGUGUGACGGUGACAUCAUCAUCUUCAACAGACAGCCCACGCUGCACAAGAUGUCUAUGAUGGGACACAGGGUGCGGAUCCUGCCGUGGUCGACGUUUCGACUCAAUUUGAGCGUGACGACCCCCUACAACGCGGAUUUCGACGGGGACGAGAUGAACCUGCACCUACCCCAGUCCCUGGAGACCCGCGCGGAGAUCCAGGAGCUGGCCAUGGUGCCCAGGAUGAUCGUCACGCCCCAGUCCAACCGUCCCGUCAUGGGCAUCGUGCAGGACACCCUGACCGCCGUGCGCAAGUUUACCAAGAGGGACGUCUUCCUGGAGCGGGGGGAGGUGAUGAAUCUCCUCAUGUUCCUUUCCACCUGGGACGGGAAGGUUCCCCAGCCGGCCAUCCUGAAGCCUCGGCCGCUGUGGACCGGGAAACAGGUCUUCACACUCAUCAUCCCAGGACACAUCAACGCCAUCCGUACCCACAGCACCCACCCCGACGACGAGGACAGCGGCCCCUACAAGCACAUCUCCCCGGGGGACACCAAGGUGAUCGUGGAGAACGGGGAGCUCAUCAUGGGCAUCCUUUGUAAGAAGUCUCUGGGUACCUCGGCUGGCUCUCUGGUGCAUCUCUCCUACCUGGAGAUGGGACACGACACCACCAGGCUGUUCUACAGCAACAUCCAGACUGUCAUCAACAACUGGCUGCUCAUCGAGGGUCACUCUAUCGGUAUUGGAGACUCCAUUGCUGAUGCCAAGACCUACCUGGAUAUCCAGAGCACCAUCAAGAAGGCCAAGCAGGAUGUGAUAGAAGUCAUCGAGAAGGCUCAUAAUAACGAACUGGAGCCCACGCCUGGAAACACGCUGAGGCAGACGUUCGAGAACCAGGUGAACAGGAUCCUGAACGACGCCCGUGACAAGACUGGCUCCUCCGCGCAGAAAUCCCUGUCCGAGUACAACAACUUCAAAUCCAUGGUGGUGGCCGGGUCCAAGGGCUCCAAGAUUAACAUCUCCCAGGUCAUCGCCGUGGUGGGGCAGCAGAACGUGGAGGGGAAGCGCAUCCCGUUCGGCUUCAAGCACCGCACCCUGCCGCACUUCAUCAAGGACGACUACGGGCCGGAGAGCCGCGGCUUCGUGGAGAACUCGUACCUCGCCGGCCUCACCCCUACGGAGUUCUUCUUCCAUGCCAUGGGAGGGAGAGAGGGGCUGAUCGACACCGCCGUCAAGACUGCAGAGACAGGUGAGAGGAGGGGAAGGAGUGCUGCAAAUCCUGCAGGAGCUGCUGGUGGCCAGUUACAUUAUAAAUCCAAAGAGAAUUGCAGAGACUAG